GCGGGUAGCACUUCCGGGUUGCUAUCCCGCCCCUCGCCCCGGCCGCGGCGGGGAUGGCGGCGCCGGGCUGCGCGGAAGAGGUGGCUGCGGCCAAGGCGGGGGUCACGGGCCGGCGGAGCGGCCGGACGCUGUUGGUGCGGCACCUGCCCGCCGAGCUGACGGCGGUGGAGAAGGAGGAACUGCUGAGGCACUUCGGGGCCGUGUCCGCGCGCGUCCUGUCGGACCAUGGGCGGCUGAAACAUACAGCCUUUGUUACUUUUCCCAAUGAAAAUGCAGCUGCAAAGGCUUUGUCAAGAUUGCAUCAGUUGAAAAUUUUAGGUCACACCUUAGUUGUUGAAUUUGCAAAGGAGCAAGAUAGUGUUCAUGUACUUAGCCAUCCUGCACCCUCAGAGAAGAGCAAAAGUUUAGAAGAACCAGUAAAAGAAGAAAAAGAAAGGAAAGAGCCAAGCUUUCCUAUAAUAGAGAAUGGAAUUGCUCCGAGCCAUGGGCUCACGUUUCCUAUAAAUUCUUGCCUCAAAUACCUUUAUCCACCACCUUCAAAUGCAAUCCUAGCAAAUAUAGCACAUGCUUUGGCAAGCGUGCCAAAAUUUUACGUACAGGUGCUUCAUCUUAUGAAUAAAAUGAACCUACCCCCGCCAUUUGGACCAAUUACUGCUCGACCUCCAAUGUAUGAAGAAUAUUUGCCAGUGCCUGCGCCACCUCCCCCGAUCCCACCACUGCCUCCCGAGGAACCUCCUUUGCCUGAAGAGGAGGAAGAUCAAGUAACUAGCGGUGAAGAGUCAGAAUAUGAAAGUGAUGAUGAGGCAGAAAAAAAGAGAAUAACAAAAUUAAUGGAAUUAGCAACCCUUCAACCUAAAAGACCAAUAACCACAAAGAGGCGUGGUGUGAGAAAAAAGCAAAAAAUUAAAGACUUACUGAAUGUCCCCCCACCGGCUUCCCACAGUAAUUUGCACCCUGCACUAUCACCUUCAGAUGUGUUUGAACAACCCCAACCUGUAGGCCAUAAAAAAAUAGAGUUUCAUAUUACUGCAGACAUCCCAACUGUUCUUCAGAAAAGCUUGGAGAGAGAACAAAACAACGACCUUCUUGUAAGCACAGAAGAAAUCAGCAAUGCAGGGUUUGGCAAAAUCUUCCCAGCUCCUAGCUCAGAUGAUAAAAUGGAGACCGAAGAUGAUGAUGAUGAAGAUAUGCCAUCAGAAUUUAUUUCUAGACGGGAACUAGAAAAAAGCAGGCUUUCUAGAGAAGAAAUGGAAAGACUUUCUGUUUUCAAAAAUUAUGAACCAGGUGAUCCAAAUUGCAGGAUUUAUGUGAAAAAUUUAGCUAGACAAGUUCAAGAAAAGGACCUCAAGUUUAUUUUUGGAAGAUACAUUGAUUUUCAGUCAGAAACUGAACGAAAUAUGUUUGAUAUACGCUUGAUGAAAGAAGGCCGCAUGAAAGGACAAGCUUUUAUUGGACUUCCAAAUGAAAAAGCAGCUACUAAGGCUUUAAAAGAAGCAAAUGGAUAUGUUUUGUUUGAAAAACCUAUGGUGGUUCAAUUUGCUCGAUCUGCUAGACCAAAGCAAGACUCCAAUGAAGGGAAAAGAAAAAAAUAGAAUAAUACUAAGGAAACAUUCCUGCGUAAAUACUGCAGUAAUACUGUCAUGCAGAGUGUAUCCUUUCUUGUUGUAUCCUUUUUUGUACAAUGUUUUCCAUAACAAAUACCUCAGUUUUCUUCAAGCAUAGAUUCAGGGAGGAAUUUUGUUGGUUUUUUUUAAGAGUUUUGAACAUCUGGUAAUAUAAAUAACUUAAAAUUUAAGGGAAUUUUUUCAAGGAAAAAGUUAGCGCAAAGUCAGUUGUUUAUUUAAAGAGACGCACGAUCGAUUUCUGUUCUCAAAAUGUGCCCUUUCCUCCCUGCUUCUUCUCAAACUUCAUAAAACUUUUUAUUUCAUGGUCCAGAUUUUCAACUGGUAUAAAUUGAAAUUAUUCCAUUGAUUUAGGUGCAGCUAUGCUAAUUUACACCAGCUGAAGAUCUGGCCCUACUCUUCUUUUUUUCUUUUCUUUUCUUUUCUUUUGUUAAUCUCUCAGUAUCAUACUGUUAGAAUUUAUUUCAGAUUGAUUAUAAAUAGUUGUAAAAAAGAUACGUUGCUUCUGUGUUUUUAAGUAAUGUUUAAUGAUUAGUUUUAUCCAAAAUUAUGUGAGGAAAUAUGCAGCAAGUUUAUUCUUUCAGUUUCUCCCUUAAAGAACAGAGAAUUUAGUAAUAUCUCACAAUGAAUUAAUACAGAGAGAAGCUGAAUUUCUAUUAUCCAUUGUUACCUAUUUGUCAUCUCAGAUUGUUUUCCAAUUUUGGUAAUGUUUUGUAGAUAAUUUAUAUUUUCUUGUAAAUUUCAUAUUGCUACUAUAUUGUGAUUUAACAUUUUUAAUCAAAUACAAACCAUAGUAUGUGCAGUAUAUAGCAAGUUUAACUUAGCUGUUCCAGAAAUGAUUCACUAAUCUUCUGAAUAUUUUUUUCCAACUUUUCUGUCUACUUGUCAGAAAAUAACAGUUAUUUUCUCGUCAUGUAUACUUUUAACAUGCCUUUAUAAUGUUCCAGGUCCCUUUUGUGUUCCAUAUCUUUCAAGUGCUAUCCAGCUGUGGGAAGAAGCAGUGUGUUCAACAGAAGCAUGGAACAGUGCGUAGUAACAUUUCAAAUGCAUUUAAAACAGAACAUAUUUAUGUUCUUUUAAAAUGCUUUUAAACCAACCGCAGUCUAUCAGAAGACUUACAUGAAAAAUGUAUGUUAGCCUGCUUGUUAAAUCUCUAAUAAAUUAUUCCUUGCUCUUCA